AAAGAGAGGGAGAGGGAUCAAAUUAGAAAAUUGAAAUUGAAAUUGGAAAAAAAAAACGCUCCUUUUUUUCCGCCAGAGUAGAGAGAAGGAUGGAGGAGUUCAGUCCAACGCCGUGUCCCUCCACCGUAACAGUCCGCCGUAACCCUCCUCGAAAAGCCAGAGCCACUCCGUACACCACCGCAGCUAAACCACCUCCCUCCUCGAACACUCACUACGUCCCUUCGUUCCCGAUCGACGAGAUUCUCUCCAUCCAGAUCCCUCAACCCGAACCCGAACCCAAACCCUCUGUCUCCGUUUCUGAGAGCUUGAAGAUCUUCCUGAGAAUAAAGCCCCUGAGGGUCUUCAGCAAGGCAACCGCCGCGGCGAAGAGCAGACCUAGAAACGUCUGGCCUCAAAACCCUUCGAAGAAGCACAACGUCGCGAAAGAGAGUAGGAGUAAGAAGAGCGAGGAAGCUUGUAUCACUCUCAACGAUUCACACUCAGUCACGCUGACUCCGCCUCAGGCGUUGCAAGAGCUGAAACGAAGCAAGACUGAGGUCUUCGAAGGGUUUUCUCACGUUUUUCCUGCCGACUGUUCGCAGAGCGAUGUGUAUGGUAAGAUGGUUCAGCCUUUGUUGGAGGAUUUCUUGAAUGGGAAGAGUGGAAUGUUGGCUGCUUUGGGUCCUAGCGGCUCUGGGAAGACUCACACUGUCUUUGGAACUCCCAAGGAUCCUGGUGUUGUCCCGCUUACGCUCCGUCAGAUUUUCAAGAAGAGAGAUGAGACUUCUCCUCCUGUGUCUUUGAGGUUAUUUUACUUGUCUAUAUUUGAGAUAUGCUCCGAGCGAGGGAAAGGGGAGAAAGCUUAUGAUUUACUUGGAGAUGGAAGCUCUGAGUUGUCUGUGCAGCAAUCAACCAUCAGGGGUUUGAAAGAGGUGCCGAUCCGGAAUUUGGAGGAAGCAGAGUCCUUAAUUGGACAGGCGAUGCUGAAACGUGCUACAGCUACAACAAAUUCAAAUAGCCAGUCAAGUCGCUCACAGUGCAUCAUUAACAUAAGAGCAGCAUCCGAGGGCGUUUCUAACGAGACAAAAGUGCAGUCUGCUGAUGCUAUGCUGACUAUAGUUGACUUGGCGGGAGCCGAAAGGGAGAAGAGAACUGGCAAUCAGGGAGAAAGGUUGGUCGAGAGUAAUUUCAUCAAUAAUACAUCCAUGGUUUUCGGUCAAUGUUUGCGGUCAUUGUUGGAGUACCAGAAGAACCGAAAGAAGGGACUGCAGAAACAUCAUCAAAAUUCUCUGUUAACAAGGUACUUGCGAGAUUAUCUAGAAGGAAAGAGGAGGAUGGCUUUGAUUAUAACAGUCAAAGCAGGAGAAGAAGAUUAUCUUGAUACCUCCUAUCUCUUAAAACAAGCAUCGCCGUACAUGAAAAUCAAAUUUGAUAACACUGAGGAGGUUUGCAACAAGAGGCAGCUCAAGACAUUUCCAAGAGUUGAGAAAAACAAGAAAAUGAAACUCAGUGCUCCCAAGACUUCCCAAAUUGCAGAGACUGUUGCUGGAGAGAAAAACCAAAUUACUCAGGAGGUGAAUUUGGAGGGAAAGAAAGCUGAUCAAACAGAGAAAUCAUCUCCAAAGCUGGAGGAUAACAACGACAGAGAGCACAUCAUCAUGCGGAAUUUUGCUAAAGUCGUGUGGAAUGUCCUGAAGCAGUACAACGAGAAAUUAAAAGUUGCAGAAGGUGACAUUUGCACUCUCAAGGAAAGCCUUAAAAACGAACAACUCAAAUCACGGGGAUUAGAGGCAGAGUUGAUCAAUCUUAAGUCAAACCUGGCAGAACCAUGUCUACCUGAGGUAGAAGCACUUGUCCAUGCAAAAGAACAGAUCGAGGUUGACACAAGUUUGGCUAAUGAGAAUGAGUUUGGAUACGAUUUUGAUUUUCACCUUCUUAUUCCCCUACCAAAGAUCAUCAAUGCUAAUCAUAACAAUUUUCAGACAAAUGUCGAUGAUGAUGAUCCUUGCGACCUUAUCGAGUCAAGAAGUGAAGUAACCGCAGACGGAUGCUAUGAGUCUCCAGUUGUACCAAACAAAAGUUUAGUACCUGGCUUAGGAAACGAGGAAAUCUCCAGUGAAGAGCAAAAAUGUGCCAAGCAAGAUGAUCCUUGCAACCUUAUCGAUUCAACAAGUGAAGUCACUGCAGAAGGAUGCAAUGAGUCUCCUGUACCAAACAAAAAUGUGGUACCCGACUUAGCAAACAAGCAAGAAUGUGACAUUCAAAUUAAUCCAACACCUUCACCAGAACUAGCUGAAGUUAGUCUCAUCAACAACCGGCUGUCUAACAUUCAAACAAAGUCUGCAGUAUCCCGCAGAUUUCCAGAUUCAGAGAAACAAGAAAGACUCAGAAAACUGUUGCCAGCCUCAUCCAGAUUUAUAGCUGAGGAAAUGGAUGACUUGGAGAUCAAAGAUAAGCAGAUUGAGAAACCACAGGUUAAAUUAGCCGAGACUCGUGAUCAAAAGAAAUCAGAAUCAACUAAGGGUCGUGAAAUUGAAAUCCCUGCUCGUGAAGCAGAACCUGCAUCAACUAAAAAACAGAGGAACGAACAGAAGAAACCCAGAAGGAGGCUCCAACCUGCUUCAUCGGUGUUGUUAACAAGAGAAAUAAACACGUUAGAGAUCGAGGAUGAUGUGGCCGAGCCAAAGGGGACCAGAGGCGGAAAGAAGACAACAGUAACACAACCGAGAAGCCAAGGGAGUGUCACCCUCCUCCGUCUCCUUACAAGCAAUCUCCAUCUCUGACAAGAAAAACUCAUAUCAACAUAUAUUGUCGUACCUUUUAUUGUCUGAAGGUAAAGGGUAUAAAGUAAAAAAAAUUCUGAAAUAGGUAGCAAAAUUACAACAUGUAUUAUAAAUGGUCUAAGCUUUUUUAUAGACGCAAGAUGGAAUAGGUUAACACCAAAAACA